AUGAUGGACGUUAUCAUCCUGUCCGAGCUUGCUAAAAGCCUACAAAUACCAAAGGACACCAUCAAUCCUAGCUCGACGUUUUAUCAAAUUGGCGGUGACUCCAUGAUAGCCUUAGCGGUUUCCGCAUCCUGUAGGCGUCAAGGAGUUUCUGUGGACGUUCCGUCAAUCCUUCGGAGUGGAAGUAUUUCUGAAAUACUCAGAAACGCCAAAUUGCUGCCGACUCAGCCCGUCAAUACUGUGCCUAAAGGAGAUCUUAAGCCUGUAAACAAUAUAUCCGAGGCAGAGCUCGACCGACCUGCCGGUUUCCACCAUUCAUCUACCAAAGCACGCCAGUACAGUCCUACACCAACAGAUUUAAGAAAUGCAGUGGGGAGCAGCAGGGGAAAUGGCGUUGGGUCUUGCAGUAUGGCAAAACUCCAGUCUGUACUUGUGCUGGAUACCAAGGCAAGGCCGGGGAACAAUGUCAUCAGCUAUUUUCAAGAGUAUUCACCAGGUCAAAUCCCAACUCUAAAGCGAGCGUGGCAGAAGGUCAUCCAGUCGGAACCUAUAUUCCGGGCUGUUUUCGACGAUGAUUUUUUCUUGGAGAAUGGCAUGGCCUGCUUUGUGUGGUCAGAGAACAUACACCGCGAUCUAUGCUCAUUUGAGGAACAUGUUGAAUCCAUAAAGGCACCCGAAAUGGUAGAGCCCGCAACAGAAUUCGAGAUUAUAACCCUGGCGGGGAAAAGGAGUAUUGUCGUCUGGCACGUCCAUCACGCCCUCGUAGAUGGAUAUUCAGCCCGGCUACUUCUCCAAAAAGUCUGCACUUUGAUGGAGGGCGGUCAAAUAACGGAAGGCAGAUCAUUCCUGGAACUCAGUCGGGCCUGGCAAAUGUAUCAGGCCAUAUUUGAGGGCCAGGCAAGGCAGUUUUGGCAAGAUUACUUGUCAAAAGUGACAGAUAACGACUUUCUACUUCCACCUCCUUGUAACCAGUCCUCCAAUAACUCGCUUUCCGCAAACUUUGUCGCGUUUUCCGUACCCUUACAACGUAUCAUACGAUAUUCCAGCGAAAUGAAUCUUCCACUCUCGUCCAUUUAUUAUGCAGCCUGGUCAUUGGUCCUCGCAAUUUAUACGGGAUCUGACACAGUGUCAUUUGGUAUUGUGUUCGAAAACAGGUCUAUCCCUAUUCCUGGAAUUCGAGAGACCGUAGGGCCGAUGAUGAACACUCUGCCUCUCAUUCUGCACUUGGACCGGGGAACUGCAUUCAAGGAUUUGCUUCUUUGCACAACCCAGCGUGUCGCUAAGUUGCGAGAGUUCGAGUGGAGUACACCGGAUCAGAGCCCCAAGAUGACAUCAGUUCUGGCCAUGCAGUACGACUACGAGGCAGUGUUAAGUCCGACAUCUUCCACCAUGGUUUCUUCUACCAGGCUUCAGUCAAGCAUCCCCAUCAAUAUAUUCCUUGGCCCAAAGGAAAAAAUCCAAAUUAACUAUGACAAAGUCUUAUUCGAUCAUUCUGAUAUCGAGGACCUAGUCCGGAUGUAUGUCAAUGCCAUCGAGACAUUGAUAGGGCCGGAAGGAACCUUAGACUGGUACUUCAGGCAUUCCCUUACGCCAGAACUCUUGCAGCAAAGCCUGUUGAACGGGAACUGCUUUUCCGAUGCCACCCUCGGUCAAGGGGAGGAUACAUUGACAAGCCUCUUUGACGCCUGCGUCAAAAGCGCUCCAGAUUCCGUAGCAGUUGCGAGAGGAGACGAGUCACUGACCUACGCCCAACUUGACGCAGCAGCCACAAAAAUUGCAUCGAGUUUGUGCGAGAUAGUCCUUCCUCAAGAAGUUAUCUGCGUUCACGCUGACCGUUCGAUUAACUGGAUCAUUGCUAUAUACGCAGUCCUCAAAGCUCAAGCAGUGUACUGUCCCUUAGAUCCGGCGUCACCAGAUGAUCUAAGAGAUUCAUAUUUUCGAACUUCUGGAAGCAGAGUGUAUAUAUCACCCUUUAAAGAAUCCAAAGCCCGAAAACCCUCGUCCUGCUCACUCUUCUAUUCGAUCGAGGAAUUGCUAUAUCAAGCAGAUAACACACCUGGACUGGUCACGCGAUAUGGUAAUUCCAUAAUAUCCAAGAAAGACUUGGCAUAUCUAUGCUUCACUUCUGGUUCCUCUGGAUUGCCGAAAGGGGUUGUAUGUACCCACGAGGGAAUAGUUGCAUUCCAGAAAGAUUAUAAUGCCCGUCUCCAUAUGCGGCCUGGGCUACAAGUAGCUCAAGUUAUGUCUCCAGCUUUCGAUGGUAGUAUGCACGAAAUAUUUUCGUGCCUUUCAUAUGGCGGAACGCUUCUCCUGAGCCACAAGGCCGACGUUUUGGGUAACAUACAGCAAGCAAAUGUUGCGAUGAUUACUCCAUCAAUUGGGAAAAUGUUGAAUCCUUGCGAUCACAAAAACCUCGAAGCAAUUUAUCUCGUUGGAGAGCAGCUUCCCCAAGCCGUAUGUGACGCAUGGUCUGCCACAGUGCCUGCUUAUAACAUGUAUGGCCCAACAGAGUCGAGUUGCGGAUCAAGCUACAAGCGCCUUGUUCAUGGCGAGAUUGUCACCAUUGGAAAGCCUGUGGAAUCGACUCGGAUCUAUAUUUUAGACCAACAUCAGAAUCUACUUCCCCCCGGAGUGAUUGGAGAACUCUACACUGCUGGGGUGCAAGUCUCUCCAGGAUACAUCCAACGGCCGGAUGAAACCGCAAAAAACUUCCUCAAAGACAUCAUUCGCCCCGAGACUGGCCAAAUGAUGUAUCGAACUCAGGAUCGUGGGUAUUGGAACCGAUCGGGAGAGAUAUGUCUUCUUGGUCGUUCUGAUAGGCAAAUCAAGCUCCGAGGCUUCCGUCUUGAUUUGAAUGACCUUGAGAUUAGGAUGGUUGCAAACACUGAAGCCACUUCAGUGGCUAUCGCACGCAAGGACGAUAUACUAGUAGCAAUGAUACAGCCGGAAACCACAAACAUUGCUCUAUUCAAGGAGACGAUCAAGAAAGUGCUCCCACCACAAGCAAUACCAAGGCUCAUCAAAGCUGUUGAUACGUUUCCCUUGGCCAAUGCAGGAAAAAUUGAUUAUAAGGCCGUCGCGGCAGCUUUUUGUGCGUCUAUACCCAGAGUAUCCUCGCACGGCCGUCCUGUAUCUCCCGUGAGCACUCCAGCAGAUGCCCGAGAGGCAAUCGCUACAGUGUGGAGGACUCUGCUGAAAUUGGAGGAUGGGCAUGUCCUGGACGACAAUUCCAAUUUCAUUGAACUUGGUGGACACUCCAUCAAGCAAAUUACCUUGUCGAAACGUCUGUCUUCCAUCCUUGAUCGAGAUAUUACUCUAGCCGACGUUAUAGAGAAUAUCCGCUUCGGUGACCAGGUCAACAAGUUCUUACCUGCUUACUCCGAGUCUUCGGGUAGCCAAUCGCCACUAAUAGAGUCAGCAGCGACUACACCGGCUGUUGGUAUUAGAGACCAGAUCUCAUCCAUAUGGCAGUCUCUGCUUUCGCUAGAUAGAGAAUACCCUCUAAAUGACGAUUCCAACUUUAUUGAGUUGGGCGGAGACUCUGUCCUUCUGUUAAACUUGGCUUCCCGCUUGACAUGCCUCGGAGGAAGGCAUAUCGCACUCCACAGCGUCAUCAAACGCCCUUGUCUAGGCGAUCAAAUUUCCCUAUUCUCAAGCUCGAAGUUAGGUUCCGUCGCCGAAGCGUCCAAGCCCGAAAUUGAUUCAAAGCCUGGCUGUCUCUCCCUAUCUCCCAUAGAACGCGAAUGGGUAGAAAAAUACAAAGUUGGUAAAGGCUCAUCCUCUUUCAACGUCAACUAUGCGUGUGCUCUCAGUGGUGAUACGGAUAUUAUAAAACUGGAAGAAAUUUGGAACAAGGUGUUGAAGCGCCAUGAGAUCUUAAGUUCUCUAUUUCCGAAUGAGCACACGCGGUCAUAUGCCAAAGUCCCUCCUCAAGUAGCUGUUGUGGGCAAGAUUGAUAUCAGAGAAGAGGUAAAUCGCGAGUUCAAGUUGGAUGAGGAGCACCCAAUCCGUGUGUUUAUUACUCCGACUACCUUUCUCCUGGUGGCUUCACACAUCGUACUGGACCUUACAGCGCUCAAUGUAAUCCUCCGAGAUAUUGAGAUCUGCUGGGGUGGUAAGAUUCUCUUGCCCUUGCAAAGAACUUAUAGCCAAACGGCUCAGUGGAGCCGUGAUGUGUCCCAGGAUGACCUCGAUUUCUGGAAGAGCCUCUCAGAAGUCCCCUGUUACCGAGAGCCAUUGCGAUUAAGUUAUAAUGGAACAUCUCGAGUGUGCAAAAUACCGUUGGAAACCUUCCAGGGUAUGGUUCAGUUCACAGUUAAACACAGCAUAACAUUACACCAACUUUCCCUAGCGGCGGUCGCGCUUGCACUUUAUCCCACAGGCACCCACGAUCAACUUGCCGUCCUUGGAGCACCGUAUCUCAAUCGCGGGGUUGAAGAUUUCGACACCGUCGGCCUCUUCCUAGAGCCACUCCCAAUCCGCAUAAAGGUGCCCCGAAUCAAUAGGAGAGAUUCCAUGCAGCAACAUAUUUCUCCCCGCGAGACUUGGUCGCAUGCAUUCGCCAAAAGCGUUGGCAAGGCAAGCCAGGACGCCCUUUCUCAUGCCAUCCCCUGGAACAGACUCCUUGAGUACCUUGACAUCCAGCCGCAGCACCCAAAUGUCCCUUUCAUUGAAGCAAUGGUAACAUUCCACGAUAAUCGCGGACAGAAAGCAUCCGCGAUCCCUGGGACCCAGCAGCUUUACACAUGGUGCGAAGGUUCGAAAUUCAAGCUGAUGUUUGAAUUCUCGGCUAUCGGUAACGAGACCUUGAUGCUAAGGAUUGAAUAUGACAAUAUGAUAUAUAACGACACUAAGGCGAGGAAUUUUCAAAGGCGCACGAUCGCUGCUCUCGAGGCAAUUAGUCAAGGCUUUGAGCAAGAAAAGCUGGUGGAACUGAUACAAACAGCCAUGGAUAGACAGAGCUCUGAAGGUAGUGGAAAUGAAUAUUUUAGU